AUUUUGCAUGAUAGCAGUUACUGCGUGUUUUACCACCUGUGUAUAUAUAUAUUUAUAUAUAUAUAUAUAUGUUUGUGUGUAGUGAGGCUGUUGGCUGUUGCUGGCGCGUUUACGUCGCCAGUGUUUGUAAUAGAGUCUGUUAGCGUCACAGUUGUCUAAAUGUUAAUGUGACGUACAUGUUUGUUUGCUAUUGAAAAUACACUUCACUACCACAUCUAUGGACGAAAUGGUUGGGUCAGUACAUAAUAAAUGCACGGUUGUUCCCCUACAGUUUGGUAAAAGAACUUAGCCACGCAGUAGAUGUGGAUGUCAGUUGACCUCUGCAAGCCUCAAGUCCGUGAUUCACAGCAAUGAAAGGUAAACCGAGGCAAACCAGAAAAAAGCAGCCUAAAAAGACAUCAAGACAGACAAGGAACUCCGGAACUAUAAAUCCAAGUGAUUUUCACACUGAUGACAUCUCCACAGUGUGUACUUUGCCUUGCACCCCGCCAAGACGCAGGGGGCGACCAAGAAAAAUACAAGAGGCCUUCCUCACAGCUACGCCUUUGCACAGUUUAUCCAGGGUUCAGCCACCCAACAUUAGCUCGGAAGCAAAGGACGUCAAGGGCAUGAUCCCAGCGGUAGGGUCACCUUGCUAUACUUUGAACUCUCACAGCAGGAAGACAAUUGCAGAGGCUGACCAGCCCAGACAACUUCAGAAAAGACUAAUCACAAACACACAAACCACUUGUCCUGCAACCAAACGGCGGUGUUACAGAAAACAGAAAAAAGAUACAAUGAAUUUACAAAUGGAUGACACCGCUACUCAGUUGCCUGAACCCUCAAGUCCAAGAUUUGAGCUAAAGCAAGACAAGUCUUUGCUGUCAUCCGAUCUGUCCAUUGAGCUGAGCGAUCACAAGGAGCAACUGCCGCAACUUUCCUUCCAGGAGGAAACCGGUGAUGAAGAGGAGCUGCCGAGCUUCUUGAUGCAGACGCAAAAAAAGCCACCGUCUAUCAAAGAGGGAGCGUUUGUGUGGUGCAAGUACAGACAUUUUCCUACAUGGCCCGCACUGGUGAAACGAGUAAACCACAAGACGAAAAAAGCCACCAUACUCUACGUAGAUGAGUUGUCGAUUAAAAAAAAGAAGGGGUUUACUGUAAGCCUGAAAUCUCUGAAGCCUUUUGACUGUGAAGGAGCUAAUGAGAAUGUGACUAAAUACCAAGAGAAGAAUGUGGCUGCGCUUGAGUGGUCCCUGGAGCUAAUAACAGACUACAUAAUACGCAUUGCUUGUGGUUCAUUUUCUGGCUCCUUCCUCGAGUACUGUGCACAUGACAUGAGCUACCCGGUGAGGAGGAAGUACCCGCAAACCACAUCCAUCAGCAGCGAUCCGAUGACAAACGGCCUGUGGGGGGAUCAGCGCGAAGAUGACGUUAAUGGUGUUAGUAUUCAGGAAGAAGAGGAGGCCAGCAAGUGUGCCAAGAGGCUACUGCCUGACCGCACCCAUGCUGCACACAACCGUGCAAAUGAGAAGCUUGUACACUUCAUCGUGAAGCAGCGCAUGGUUGAAGAUCGGCUGCUGGCUGUGAUUCGAGGGCAGGCGCAGUCGAGGUGGCUCCGCCACUUUCAGACCUCUGAUCGACGACGUGUGGGGAACAUUUACCUUGAAGAUGAACAGCAGUUAGACCAGGUCUACAGUUACCUGAACGAGCUGUACGGCACGGCUGUGGCUACGGUACCGUACCAAGAUGAGGUCGAAUUCAUGGAGCGUGUCCCCUUUGUCCUGGAUGUGCUUCUUCCUGAAGCCAUCACAUAUGCAAUCGCUGGUGUGGACAAUGUCUCCAUAGAAAAGGCAGAAGAAAAAUACCUAAAAGGACGCUGUAUAAGUAACAGGGAAACACAGGAGUUCGACUUGAUGAUUGAGCGUCUCAUUUCUCUAAAAUCCCAUAGCACUUUCUCCAUUUCAGCAGAUGCCUGAGUGGACUUUAUUGGACUGAUCAUAAAUCUUGACAUAAUAAAACAUAAUGGACAUUCAAUGCUUUUGAUUAAUGUGAAAGACAUCAAUCAAGCAUCAAAUCACACCUUCACUACAGUACCUUAUAAGUUGUUUGAAUGUUUGCUUGAACAUGAGUACAUUUUUAUCACUGCUGUGUAUUACAUUAAUUGAUCAUUGCAUAAUAAGUGUUCAUGACACUUACUGUAUACUUCAACUGUACAUUUUCUGACCACACUAACAUUGUUAGACACUAACAAAAAGUCCUGAAAGAUUUAAUUUUAAGCGCACAAAUAAGUUUGUGAGUAAUAUGUUGUGUUUACACCAGCAAAGGUUCUAUGGUUGCAAAAAUGAAAACGGACAUGAGGAAAGAGAUUAUACCCAAAUAUAUACAACACCCAAAAUAUUUUGCUUUUUAAGUACCCCUGUUCUUGCUUCCAGUUUCAAACAUGUGACUCACAGGAAAGAAACUUCAUAGAUUCCAAUUUUAGAGAAUAGUUUGUAAAUUUAUUUGUACAAUGAUCAAUUUUUAUUUUAAAAAACACAAUUGUACAGUGUUUCUGAGUACCACUAGAUGGUGACCGCAUCCAUCUUCUAUGCCGCUUAUGCUCACUAGGGUCGUGGGUAUGCUGGAGCCUAUCCCAGCUGACUUUGGGCGAGAGGCAAGGGACUGGUCGCCGGCCAAUCACAGGACACAUAUACACAACCAACCAUUCACUCUCACACUCAUACCUAUGGACAACUUAGACUUGCCAAUUAACCUAACACAAGUGUUUUUGGAAUGUGGGAGGAAACCGGAGUACCCGGAGAAAACCCACGCACGAUUAGAACAUGCAAACUCCACGCAAAAAUGCCCGACGGAGAUUAGAUCUUCAUGAUCUCCUGACUGUGUGUCCAACAUGCUAACCAUUAGACCACCGUGCGGCCUCAAAAUAAAUUCAUUUUGCGAAAAGGUUUGAGUAAGACAUUUUUAUGUAUUUUCUCAAGCUCUUAUGCGAUACAUUUGGAUGAA